UGGAAGGCUUAAGCGAAAGAUGGCUACUUACUCCUACGGUAGUGUUCUUCUUCACCAGAUUGCUGGUUCUUCUAUCUUUUGUCUUGAGCGAUUUUCAGGACGUUUCCUCCGGGAUGAGACGAAUGAUCGCAGCAGGAAAUUCUUCGGACUCGUUUUAACGAGUUUUCUUCGAACUGCGAUCAAAGCUCUGAUGUGCACGCUGAAAGUUCCGAGUCAAAUGGACGCAACUGCGGGACAAAUGGACCCGACUUCAAAACUUAAGCUACUCCCUAUUCCGGGAGCCAUUAAUCGCUCGAAGAGGACUCAAAAAAAGAAGAGACUUUAUUGUCAAAACUGUACAAUGUUUAAGUCCAACAGAGUGACGGGGACACUAUCGCAUAGAUAUUUGCAGAUGAGAGGUUUUACACUAUUUUAAAGAAAUGCUGAUUAAGAUGUGGGCAGGCGUCUGGACGCCACGUGUCGGUCUGAGGGACAACUGGUUACUCCAUAACUUCGAGUUCCGUUGUGACCAUUCUGACCGGGAUCGUUCUUUUUGACCUGAGGACAACCGCGUGUUUUGUUGAGCCUUCGCCCUUCCCAGAAGAUCCGCCUGAACUGUUGUGAACAGCGUGAUUGUGAAGUGACAUUUGUAUACCAUAUGCCCAUCCUCCUCUAGUUGAUCUAAGGUUUGCACCACCCAAGACAGAUCCAUGGCCAUCAUGGACUGGUGUGAGAAAUGCCACAGAAUACAUGCCUUCCUGCCUCCAAGACAAAAAAAGUUUUGAAAACAACGAUGUCCUCAAGCUAGCAACAAGGCUUUUUCCAGGCAAAGCACUGGAAUUCAAUGAAGACUGCCUCUAUCUUAAUGUCUAUGUUCCAGAUGGUAAGACGCCUCGUGGGUUUGGAUGGCCAGUUGCUAUUUGGCUUCACCCUGGAGAUUUCAUGGUUGGCUCGCCUAAUCUUUGGGAUGCAACAGCACUUGCCAUAAAGCAAAAGGUGAUUGUUGUCACACCAGCUUAUAGGCUUGGUGCUCUUGGUUUUCUCUCAAUGAUGGAUGAUUCUGCUCCAGGAAAUGUCGGCCUUCUCGACCAGCUCGCUGCGAUGGAAUGGGUGCAAGAGCACAUACAGCAUUUCAACGGUUCUGCCACUGAUGUAGUACUUUGGGGCCAUAGCGCCGGUAGCAUAAGCACUUCUCUUCACCUCAUAUCCGAACUAUCCGCUGGAAAAUUUCACAGGGCGAUAACAAUGAGCGGCAACUUUAUGAUUCAUAAUGCGAUAAAGAAUCCCAAUCCCAAUGCGAUUCUUUCCCUAAAGGAAGAGUUCUAUUGCUCAGAGGAGCCUGCUGAAUUACUGGCAUGUUUGAGAAAUGCACCAGUGGCCACUCUUUUUGCUAAGACAUUAGCAUUUGAUGAUUGGGGCCCGAUUGUGGAUGGCUUAUUUAAAAACGUGACAAAACCUUUUUUAAAGGAAGAUCCGAAACAGUUACUCGAAGACGGCCGCAUCAAUAGAGUGCCCCUUAUGGCCGGUUACACAGACAUGGAAGAUGUGAAUUCAAUAAAUGCAGAUAUAUCAAAAUCUCUGUUUGAUGACACAAUUAGACAAACUGUCAUAGACGAUGCUCUACCUGUAACUGAUAACGAAACAUGCACGCUCAAUGAAGAAUUACUAGUAGAUUCAAUUUUAUUUUAUUAUACACCUACCUCGAUCCCCGAAGACCCAACAAUUUACAGAAGGAAAUACAUAGAUUUUACGACAGAUAAAAAAUAUGGCUCAAGCACAUUUGAAUUUGGAAUGUUUGUAAGUAAAUACAGUCCGACAUAUUUAUACAGGUUUGAUUAUAAGCUAAAAACAUCUCCAAUAGCCGAUGUAAGAGACUGGGUUACAGUUCCGCAUCAGUAUGAUUUGCCUAUUGUUUGGGGUAUGCCCUACUGGACAUCUCUUUCCCCUCAAGUCAUUUGGAACACUGUCGACAAAAAGACAUCAGACAUUGUUAUGGGUCUCUUUGGCAACUUUACCAAAUAUUCUAUUCCUGUUCAAAGUAAAAAAACAAUUCAAUGGGAUCCUUUCACUAAAGAAAAUCCUCGCAUUUUUUUAAUUGAUAAGAAUUUUAGCAUGAGUGAUUCCUCCAGUUUCGAUUAUAAAUCUCUCAAAUUUUGGAAUGAGUAUUAUCCUAAAAUAGUUCUAGCAGCUAAUAACUGCUGUAACAUGACCGCAUCUGCAAAUUGUUUAGAGCCAUUUCCAUUAACAGUGAUAUCAUUUUUCAUUUUCAAUUUUUAUUUAUACAGGAUUGAUUAUAGAAAUAUAUUUAUUGUAUUACAUCUGUUUUAGAUGGCAAUUAAAUUUUGUUUGUAAAAUGGUUACUGUGCGUAUUGUAUAUAUCUGAAAACUAGAAAUUACAAAAAAGUCCCUGUUUAUACUUAAGGAAUAAAUAUUAAGGCAAAGUUACAUAAAAUAUAAAAUAACUAUUUUCGUUACUACAAAUGUAAAAAAAAGUUGUAUAUAGGAGCAAAAAUGUUUUUAACUGCCGCUAGCAUUAAUUUUUGUACAGUUAAAGUUAAUGCAGAACCCACGGGAGGAAUUGCCAAAGAACAUCUUCAAAGAGGGUCUUCAAAAUAAAGUGAUAAAUUUUAUGUUUUAUAACUGUAUUAAAAUAAAGACAAAUGUCCUCAAUUCUCACUUUUACUAUUAUUGUAUUAAAAUUUCAUUUCUGAUAUAUUUUCUUAGUACAAACUAUCCUAUACAAUACACACUCACGACAAGAAAAAAUUUGUUUUUAAUAAUGUUUGAAAAAAUGUCAAUUUGGAGAAAAAAUAGUAACAUAACUUUAAUUGGUUUAAAAUAAAUACAAAUUUAAAUAAGCAAACAUGCUUUUUUACACUUGUCAUUAGACCCAUUGAAUAAAUUUUUUACACAAUUUAAAACUUUUGACAGCUAAGUAAAAACAAAGUCACAAGCAUUAAAGAAUGGUAAAUACACUGUACACUUUCAUUUUUUGAUUAAUUAAAUAACAAAAUAUAGAAUUUGUUUAGAGAUUAAUACUAUAUUUUGUAAACAUUCUCGUUUCUACCCUAUUAAACUAUUUGUACUUAUUUCCUAUUUAAACACGAACAUUUCAGGGAUUUCAGAUUUAGGUGAAUCAUAACUGUCAACUUAUUUACGCUGUACAUUUUUUUCUUUCUUGUCGUGGAAGUGUCGGGUUUCAGGAUAAUCUGUACCUAUAUUAAAUGAAUGAAAUACAUUGGAAUUAAAUACUUCUAAUAUAUUUUCAAUUGGUCUAUUGCAUUAUAGAGCGAUAAAUUUACAUAGUAUAAUAAUAAUUCUAUUGAUCA